CAGCGCAAGGUGCUCAUCCUCAGCCAGGACCGCUUCUACAAGGUGCUCACGGCCGAGCAGAAGGCCAAGGCGCUCAAGGGGCAGUACAACUUCGACCACCCAGAUGCUUUUGAUAAUGAUUUGAUGCAUACAACCUUGAAAAAUAUUGUUGAGGGGAAAACCGUGGAGGUGCCAGCCUAUGACUUCGUGACCCAUUCUAGGCUGGAAGAGACGACCGUGGUUUAUCCAGCUGAUGUGGUUCUGUUUGAAGGGAUCCUGGUCUUCUACAGUCAGGACAUCAGGGACAUGUUCCACCUGCGGCUCUUUGUGGACACGGACUCGGACGUCAGGCUGUCCCGCAGAGUUCUGCGAGACAUGAAACGUGGCAGGGACCUGGAGCAGAUCCUCACUCAGUACACGACGUUUGUCAAACCUGCCUUUGAGGAAUUCUGCUUACCGACCAAGAAGUACGCGGAUGUGAUCAUCCCCCGCGGCGUGGACAACAUGGUUGCUAUAAACCUCAUUGUGCAGCACAUUCAAGACAUCCUGAACGGUGACAUCUGCAAGUGGCAGCGCGGGGCGGUGAACGGCCACGGCCGCAGCUACAAGCGCCCGUUCCCGGAGCAGGCGGAGAGCGGCCGGGGCCCGCGGGCCGGAAACGCGGCCGGCAAGCGCUCGCACCUGGAGUCCAGCAGCCGUCCUCACUAA